AUGGGUGAACUCGACGGACAGAAUGUACUCAUCACUGGCGGAGGUACAGGUAUUGGCUACAUGAUGGCCCAGCAAUACUUCAAGGAAGGUGCUCAUGUCAUCAUCUCUGGUCGCCGUUUACCAGUCUUGGAGAAAGCCCAAUCCACAUUGACCGCUGACGGCUCAGGCACAGGCACAGGCACAGGCAAAGUCUCGACUCUUCAGGGCGAUGUCUCGACGAAGGAGGGCCUCGAGAAAUUGGUGGCCGACUACACGACAACGAUUGGCAGUACCCUAGACCACCUUGUCUGCAAUGCCGGUAUCCUCAAGAUCGACCCCCGUUAUCGAGAUGAUUUGAGCGUGGAUGAACUGGUCAAACAGCUGACAACAACCUCAUUCGAAGACUGGCAAUCUAGUUAUGCAUGCAACACUAUCGCUCCAUACGUCUUGGCUGGCCUGUUCUUGCCUGCUCUGCAUGCUAGCAAGACUGGUGGCAAUAUCAUCAUGACGAGUAGCAUUGCAGGUGUACAUUGGAGUGCCAAGAGCAGUAACGCUUCUUACGGAGCCUCCAAGGCGGCGCUCAACCACCUCGUCAAGAUACUCGCCAACAAGCUCAGUCCGCUCUAUGUGCGGGUCAAUGCCAUUGCGCCGGGUCUAUUUCCGUCCGAGAUUGUCGCUGCCGGAGACGCAGGUGUGAGCGACAUGGUCAAGCAGAUGGAAAGUAAAGUGCCUGCAAAGAGAAUGGGCAACGCGAUGGAGAUGGGCAAGGCGGCUCUGUUCCUGUCUACCUGUACUUACAUGCAUGGCCAUGUCCUUGUUAUUGAUGGCGGAAGAUCUCUCCGAGCAGGAGGAGAGUAG